AUGAUUUUCCCAACCCUUUCGCUAGACUCUGUCGAGUCGCUAGCAAUUUUAUUCUUUCUGGGAGUAUUUUCCCAUGUUUUCGCUCUUCGCAAAGGCGAAUGGGACAUGUGGACGAUGACAUUCAUAUGCACUUGGAUAACAUAUCAAGCUAUCACACCAUGCGCACUGAACCAGCUGAGGCAUAUGGCGUACUUUGAUGCGAUGAUUCUCGCCAACAAAUGGCUAUUCUCAUUUCUUCUUGGUAUGACAAGCAGCAUCCUGAUUUACCGAGGUUUCUUCCACCGUCUCAACAGAUUUCCUGGACCAUUUGUGGCACGGCUCUCAAAUGUAUAUGCAUCUUGGUUAGCAAUCAAGGAAGAGCACAUGUAUCUCGAGGUUCAGAAACUGCAUCAGAAAUAUGGCGAUAUUGUCAGAAUUGGUCCCCAAGAACUCUCCAUCGCAACGCCAAGCGCAUUCCGUAUCCUUCACGCCAACAAUUCGCCCAUUGUCAAGGGUCCGUUUUAUAAUGUUGCCCGACCCUGUGUAAACCUUCUUGCCGACAGGAACAAGAAAAGUCAUGCUCAGCGAAGAAAGACUUGGGAUAAGGCCUUCACUGCAAAAGCUCUGAGAGAUUACGAGCCACGAGUAGUCAGAUAUACGAAACAACUAACCGACCAGAUCGAGAAGACAAAGGGAAAUCCUAUCAACAUUGGCGCUUGGAUCAACUUUUACACAUUUGAUAUAGUAGGCGAUCUUGCUUUCGGCACAAGCUUCAACUAUCUGGUCAAUGGUGUGAAGGAUAAAUUCUUGAGAGACUCACAUGACAGUCAGGUUCUCAUGGGUUACUUUCGCCAAUGUACCUGGCUCUUCGAGGUAUUCAAGGAAACACCCUUGCUGAACAAUUCAUGGCUGUCGUUUCAGUCGUGGUUAAAACAAAAGGUGGAAACCAGACGACAGAACAAACCAUCGGAACCCGAUGUUCUCUCCUGGAUCCUGGAGGAAUAUGAUUCUAUUGAAAAUCCUACAAAGGACGACUACCAGAGACUUUGUGGUGACGCCCAUCUCAUUGCUGUUGCAGGAAGUGACACCACAUCAGCAGCCACCUCUGUUCUUUUACACCAACUUACUCUUCACCCUAACGUCUUGAAGAAGCUACAAGCAGAGAUCGACGAAUACCAGGCCAAUUAUGAAAAGCCGGACCAUUUUUCUAUGACCAAGCUCCAGUACCUCCAGGCAUGCAUUGACGAAUCCCUUCGCCUCCACCCAGUCAUUAUGUCUGGCCUUCAGAGAAUGACGCCACCUGAAGGAAUGCAGAUCGAUGAUGUCUUUAUUCCCGGAGACACCAUCUUCCACGCUCCUUCCUAUACUAUUUAUCGAGAUGAACGAUGCUUUGUACGCCCCCUUGAGUUCAUCCCCGAGAGAUGGACGACACAGCCUGAACUGAUCAUCGACUCGACUGUUUAUGCCCCCUUCUCUACUGGCCGUGGCGCAUGUGCUGGAAAGCAGUUGGGUCUCAUGGAAAUGCGGUACGUUCUCACAGAGAUUCUUUCCCAGUACAACAUGUCGUUCACACCCGGGGCAAACCCAGAAGCUUUUAUCGAUGGCUUGAGAGACUGUUUUACACUGGAGCUCCCGGAGCUAAAUAUGAUCUUCACCCCGAGAGGCGAGAAGGAACAUCGGACAAUCCCAUCUUAA